AUGUAAUUCUCUGACAUUACAAACAAUGAAAAUUCAUAUCAUAAUCUGAAGACUAAGUCUUUAAUUUCUCAAAAAACUAUUCCUGCAAGUCCUAAGAAAAAACCGUCUUUAAAUUACAUGGAUAUCCAUAACUUUAAAUUCGAGUGGAUCUGUUUGGAUGACUUUGAAUUGGAAAUUAUGAAUCAAAUCGAUUGUAAUCCAUUCUAAUAUUCUUACUAUGAAUAAAUGUAAUGGUUCCAAAAUUAUCAUUUUCAUUUCUCAUAUCCACUCAAAUUGGAUCACAUUAAUGUAUGAAUAUAUAUUUUAUUUCUUAUAGACCUAAGAAUCUCUUAAACGUCAUUCAAUUUGUGAAUUGAGAAGAAAUAAUCUAUUAUGUUGGAUGGGUUAAGUUUUGAGUUCUUAUGAUAGUACCUCAAAUGAAACUUAUUUUUUAGCCAUCUCAAUUUUUGAUAAAUUUCUUUAACAAUAUCCCUUUAGUCUAGGCAAUUAAGAACUCUUAGGUAUUGGGAUAAGUUGUUUGAGUUUGGCUUCUAAAUAAAAGGAUAUAUAUUGUUUAAGUUCAUCAUAACUUAUCUAAAUAAGUGGUGAGAAAAUGACUGAAGAUUAGUUAGCAAAAUGUCAAUAUUAAAUCUUACAAACUAUAUAAUACUAAAUAGAAAUGCCAAAUUAUUUUAAGAAUUUUGAUUAUAUAAUGCGUGACUUGGAGUUUAGAUACUUUAAACAAAUAAGAUCAAACAUUAUUGAUAAUUCUUUGAUGAAACUCAAAAUAUCAGCUAUUUAUAAAUGCACUCUUAAUUUAUUAACAUUUGUUACAUAGUAUUAUGAUACAACAAUAUUUUAUUAAAGUACUAUUGCUUAUUGUUGUAUAUUGUAUACAAUAAAAAGAAUGGAAUUAUUGAAUUUUAGAUUGCUUAAUGAUUUGAGUUAAAUUUUAGUGUAAAUUUAAAUUGAUUAGGAUAUAAUGAAUACAGAGAUAGCUUUAAAAUAUAUUUAUAGACUAUGCUAAAAUGAUUUGACAUAAAUACAAUCAGAAUCAUUAUCAUAAACAGAUUUCAAAUAUUGA